UAACUGCACUUCGACGCGGUCACCUUGCUACUGUGGAGUUCGCAAUGCCACGCGCGACUGCUGGCACGGGCCGAACAACUAAAUGCCGAGGUGCGGUGAAGACUUCAAAGAAGAAGUGCAGAGCUCUACCUGAACAAGAUCUUCUGGAAGCCCCAGCACGUAAAGAGUGCAAAAUGGAGCUAACAAUAACUAGCGCUGCACCUGUUGUGUACAUGUUCAGUGAUGCUGGCAUUGGUGCCCUGCACAGUGUAACAGCACGAGCAUGGUCUCACAAGCACACCGUGGUUACACCCAAGUGCAUCCAGCCCCCAGCUAAGCGGCUCGCACUCAGAAAUGUUCCAGGAGUCAAGUUUGUCCUAGAACCGACGGCCACAUCCAAGCAGUUCAUAAUGUGCCUUGUCAAGGGCACUGCGCUCGAGGUCUUGUCAAGAAUAAAAUCUGCAGCGCAGCUCAUCAAUGAUCGUCACGUGAUUAAGUGGGUAAAGCUGCGAUCCAGCAAGAUCUUGCUGACUUACAUCAAGCAAUCGAAAUCUGGUGCACCUGCAUCAGACAAUGUACCAGGAGCAGACAGUGCAUCCGCAGCACCAGGAGGGUGCACUAGUGGUGGUGCAAGUGGAGGCCAGCAAGUUGACCAUGAACUGAAUGUUGAUGAUGAUGUGUGUGACCUGGGGGACACCUCAGAGUGGAUUUCGGUUAAUGGUGAAACUUGCGUUCUCACAAAGCUUCCCAAGAGCUUCAAUGAAGAGCAGUGAGCAAUGGACGAACACAAUUUCCGGUUAUCUUUCUUUAUCUUUUUUUUUCUAGUUUUUUUUUUGCAAAUGUAUGUGUUCCAAACAUUUGCAAGUCUCCUUCUUGAAUUGCACCAGGUGUUGUUUUCUAAUAAGUUAGACAGAAAGCAGUGCUCUACCAGCGUUGAGCGUCACUUGUGUAGUGUUGACAGCUGGGUUCAGCUACUGCCAUCGGCAAGUUGUUUCUUCGCCCACUUUCACUUCCAUUUACCUUACCAUUUCUGUAUUUAAAUUAAAACCACAGUCAAUCUCCCCUAUGCUUUCUUUGGCUUCAUGUGAUCUUGUGUAACAAAAAUUGAGCUGCUCAGGUACCCUACUUAACGAGCGCACCAUCUCUAGCGGUUUGAUGCCUUCAGAUAACAUACAACGGUUUAUUUGACAACUUGCCUGUACACUUUGUGAUACCUGUGGUUAAAAGUAUGUUCUACAUUUGCUACUAUGGUCAUCAGCAGUACUAGCCACCUUCUCCCAGGACUAUAUCUUGCAUACAUACCAAAUAACCAAGAAAGUGGAUGAGAGAACAGCUGUUAUCUGUUGGUAGGGCCGCACAUGUGUAAUGAAAAGGACACUGGCUUGGCUCCAAGUACAGUUCCUUUUUUGUUCACUUUGGUUUCCAUAUUUAAACUAAUACCACAGUUAAUUCUUCCCAUGUCCCCUGUGACUUUAUUGUCUUUUGGCUCUGUGUGGCAAUAUCUAACAAAAAUGAAACUGCCCUGCUGCCCUUCUUGUUCACUUGCAAACAGCUUUUUUACAGGACUCCUAGACUGCACAGCUAACAAGAUUCCCAAAGAAAUAACAUAAUUAACUGAAUGAGUGAAUACUUACAACAAUGAAGAAGACAAACAGGAAAUAUCCCCCAGAAAUAGCUUCCAAGGCACAACAUACAAGCCAUCAGUCCUGUAGGCAUGUACAGUUAAAACUCGAUCUAACGUAACCUGAUUUUACAAAGUUGCCGA